AUGUCAUCCGACUCUGAAAGAGGUUUGUCAAGCUUGCUUCUUCGCACAGGUUCGAGUUUGCUGAUAGUGAUACUAGACACUGAAGUCAGGCCUAGUAGCCUUGAAGAUGCGAUCGAGCAUCUUGAAGCAGUUGCUUUCGUGCCUCCAAAACAGCGAUACACGGAUGCUGGCCAGUUGGCCAAAACAAUAGCAACCCACGCGUACGAGAGCGGCAUACCGCAGGCUGCCCUCGAACGCUUGCUGAAGCUUCUCACGACACACAAUGCUCUUGACCAAGGCACAGUCACUACACUAGUCAAGAACUUGUACCCACUGGAGAGAGUACCUUCCAAACUAAUCACACGGGUUGUGUGCUGUCUCGGUCCCGCUAAAACGAAGCCCAGUCCUGCGACCCAGGCUUUGCUUGUGCGAUGGCUGAUCCUUGUAUACGAUUACCUCGAUGACAAGGCUCAUCUGGCAAAACUAUAUGCCGUGCUAUUUAACUAUCUGGACAUGAUCAGUCUGCGCAAGCCUCUGUGCCACUUGCUUUCGUUCAUCACGAGGCGCAAGCAUGUCAAGCCCUUUCGUAUCCAAGCUCUCAUGGAGUUAGUCAGCCUUUCCGGUGGUGAAGAGAAAGAGCUCUUGAUUCUACUUAAUGUGUUCAAGAAUUAUUGUCCUGACGUUAUUGUCGGUGACCUUGGUUUUACGGGAAGAAAGGCAUCCUUCUUUAAACACCCGGACCCUGAAUGGACCGCUCAUGUCAGAGAAAUUCAGGAUACGCACCUUGAAAGGUUGCAGGCAGUGCAGCCCUCGACAUUUCAGGUUGUACAUCGCGGCCUAACAAAAAGAAGCAAGAUAGAGGCCAUUGUUCCUGAUGUGAAGACAUCAAGAGUGUCCUAUAGCCACACUUCUUUGGAAGAACUGCGUGGUGUCGAGCAUCUUGUUGAUAAGAUUGACAAGAUAGAAUUACCUAACCAGAUUAUAUCCAUGCUGGGAAAUAGCUUGGCGCAGAAGUACCUCUUCCUGGCUCGUUCUGAGGCUGCAGAUCGCCGGUUGAACGACUGGCUAAAAACAUUCCUAAAUGACCAACUGGAGAUUGCGCGGUCAAACGACGUGGAAGACCAUGAGAGUUUGGGCUACAUAUUGGCUUUGGCGGUUGAAUAUGCGCAAUACACGAAGGAAAUACCGGACGCUUUCACAUCAUUUCUCAAAAAGUACCUCAUCUCCUGGAAUGGUGAGGACAACAAAGAGCAGAUACUUGGGCUUCUCGUGUAUAUUCCCAUUCUUGACUUCGAUAUUCUAGGUAAAGAUUUCUUGAUACCACUGGAGAGAGCACUCCUUAAUGGAGCCAUUUCAUCAAGAACAUCUCUACUCGAUUUCUAUUCGGCCUUGAUCCGUCGAUGGGGAAUCCAGUUAAGGACACAUUCCCGGACCACAGAGGAAUUCAAGCCAUUGGGUCGCCUGAUAUCGCACGCAGAGCUCCUAGCUUUAUCGACUUUGGAGUGCUUGACCUCAAUGCCGGAUCCCACAGAUGCUCGACAUGAGACACAGAAGCCCGCCACACUGUCCAUCUUGGACUUCUACUGUACCCUGGCCGAACUUUUCACACAUGCAUCCCUGAAUGGGAGCAUUCGACUUACUGUCCCGCUAGCUCCUACGGUCUAUACACUUGCCUUCACGCCCAUCAACUCAGUCAUCUCCAUCAUGUGCUCAGUACUUGCCAGCUAUAAGUCGUCCUUUGAGGCUUCCCUCACCUCUCAGGUUCUCCGGGUACCAAACUCUCAAGACUCGCUCUAUCCUACAGAACUUGUGGGCCAAUUCAAUGGCUAUAUUAUGGACAUCUGUAAUCUGAUCUGGCGGAACCGAGGACUCAACUCGGAAGACCCCAACGCCGUGGGUUGUUUGAUACCGGCCCCCACCGUUGGUGCACUGACGCGAUUCAUUCGUGAGUUCAAUGAGAGGGAAAGAAAGCGCGAUUCCUCUUUUGUCUACACAAUUUCCUCGGUUUUCUCUCUAAGCCACCACGUGGCAUUGUGCAACAUGUCUGCGGCCUGUUUCUCUGACCUCGAGGAGGAAAACAACAUUAGCGAUGAACAGCCCAAGCUGAGGAAGCCAGUGACGCAGAAGGCACUGAGUGCGCUGGAGAAAGAAGGAGGCAUGAAGAUGACGUGGCAGGAGUAUAGGGUGCGCAUGCUUGACUGGCUUGACGCGACUGGAAGUGUUGGGAUUGGUAAUUUAAUGCGGAGCACGAUGAAGGCUUUGCGAAAAGAGUAG